AUGAGCAAGCCAUCAGGGAGUUCCAAGCCAGCCCCAUGGCGUCACCUGCUUGACUCUCAUCUAAAGCAAACACCCGAUUGGGAGUUUACAAUCGCGACAGUUGCAUACGACGCCCAACAGCGCCCUGUACCUCGUCUAAGGACUUGUGGCUGCCGUGGAUUCUUUCCAGAACUUGAUCUCCACCCCAAGGGUCAGGAAGCUAUGGACCAGCAGGUGAAGGAUGGUUGCAAUCCACCAGUCUUCGAGAGUGAUAUGUUGUGCUUCACAACUGACGCUCGAAUGGAGAAGCUUCCACAACUGGAAUCGUCGGGUCACGCAAUUGAAGCUGUAUUCUGGCUGAAGGAUCUUAUGACCCAGUGGCGCAUUAAGGGCAUAGCAUAUGCAAUCGGAGAACCAAACUGGGAAAAUGAACAGCAAGAAGAAGCAUCCAGAGCUGAGAUAAUGAAGUCAUUGAGAGUGAAGGGUGGUAAUGGACAAGACGUGGAGGGAUGGACCUGGGAGAACGCUGUCACAAAGUACUUUGCAAACCAUUCCCCUGUUGCGAGAGUGACCGACACCGAGAUGGCAUGCCCCAAGUGCAAAGCUCAGAAGAAGCGUUGCACCCACCUGAACAAUCCUGCUCCUGCACCAACCCCGGCUGCCAUGCCUGCCACCCCCCUUCGUACUCCUUUGAGCCGCGAGGCAAAGACCACCCAUGCCCACGCCCACGGCAAGGAGCCGAGCCCUGCUCCCGACAACGAUGCCGUCCCUUCUGACGCUGAGAAGAAGGGAGCCGCUGCGGCCACCCGUCACCCCCGUGUGAGCGAGCUCAACCCCCCGCCUUUCCCCGAGGACACCUUGGAGGCGGCGUGCGCUCUCGACGUUCACACCACUUUCGUCAAGGAGCUGCAGAACAAGCUCGACGAAUAUGAGGAGAAGGUGACGGCAGCUAAUGAAGCGUGCGUGGCCCUCAGGGCCUCUGCCAAUGCCGUCCAGCACGCCAUGGACACCUGGGUGGCCACAUGGAUGGCUAGCGACCUGUAG